AUGCUGAGAGAACGGUCAGGAAAGAAUCGAGAAGUGUGGAUUCAUGGAUCCUUGCUUCUGUUCGUAUUAACGGCGAUAAUGAACAUUGAGGGAGCGAUCAGAAAACCGCAACUCGGUGAAUCCAUAGCAGUAUUCGGUGGUUUCCAACAUCUCGACGAAUUAAUAAUGAGAAAUUUCAUACACAGAGGUGAAAACGCGCAAUGGCAUAACACAGGAAGAGUGAACGUAUUCAAACAUUUAUCAGUCGCACCGAGGCCUUUGAAUAAGAAAAGAACUUCAACGUUCUCAACAAGAAAUAUUCAAGUAAAGCUUUGCAAAGAUAUCGAUACUCUGUUGAAAACCUACUUCAGCAAUUUCUACAUCGAAGGGAUACACAAACCUUGGCGCGCUCUCAUCGAAGAUUGGUCCGCAGCUGCGACCGCUGAGCGUUUCGGUAUAGACGCUUCCUACCUCACGAGUGAUUACUCCUUCGGUCUUCUCAGAAUCGCAAGAGGACGCGACAGUCAAAAAAUAGGUCCCAGCAUGAGCGUUAAAGACGACGUUGUCGUGGCAGUAAAAAACCUCGUUACUGAAGGGAUAUCUGGUUUUGCCGAAAUUUUGUUCGCAUACGGUUCACAUUACGUCACUUCUUACAUUACUGGAAAUUCCCUUUACCAGGUCUUUGUGUACGAACGUUCUCAGUACGAUUUUAUAGCAUCGGAAGUGAAUACUCGAGGCAUAAAUGGACUGUCGGAACUCGAGUUGAACCUUUUCUUCUCGCCUUGGAUGGCAGUGCACCAAGGAAAGAUACUGACAGCGAGUGAAAACUCAACGGUCGAAGCUUGGGCAGCUAAAAAUCUUGUAGCUUCAGAAAUUCCGACCGCGGAUGACAGUACGGACCAGAUUCAUUCUCUGAAUGGUGCUUCGCCCAACGAUUGGAUAGCAGAGCACCUUCUACAUCCAAGCAAACCAAUUUCGCUACCGAGUCUUAUACACCUUCACAAAAACAGAACGUUAUUGCAGACACUCGGUAAUCUUCUUCUGGACGAAGCUUUUCUCGCGUUGCGUCUUGAAAUUUUAUCCUUUCCCAUUGAAGAUACCAAAAAUAGCGAUUUACUCCGAAAAUACUGUUUACUUUAUCUCCUCGAACGUGAUUCAUUAAACCAACACACCGAUCCUGGUGUAAUUAAUGGCUCAAAUGAUUGAUGAAUGGAUCGUUUGGAAAGAUCCUGCUUUUUUUAUAUUUUCCUGUUUAUACUUGAAACUAUUGAAUUCUCC